CGAGUUGUGACAACCUGCCCGUGCUGCUCAUCGACAACGCGCACUACACCCUCCCCCCGUGACUGGCUUCAUUCAACUCCAUCGCAACAUUCACGUGUAAAAGGAAUCCUCCCUCCUCUUGGCACUAGUCGUUCUUGCUUCCAGCCCAGUGGCCAGGCCUAGCAGCCCACGUUUCCUUUGCCGCAUCUCUCAACCCAAACACAUUCCUCGGCCCGUCGUCUCAACAGCCUUUUGUUGAUCCACGCCCUUCGUCGAGGCCAUAUCCACAGCAAACAUGGCCUCGGCCGCCACUCCGAUACCCCAGCGUGGGACGCCAAGCCGUGGCCACGGAGAACUGGCAACGUCUCCUGCUACGUCGCUACUCGCGUCGUCGGCUCCCUCAUCAGCGCUCUACAAUUUCCGUCUUCUGGCUGCUCUGAGGUCGGGCUUCGCUACCGAGGUCCAGCCGUUCAUCGACGAGCUCGCCACGGCCGACCCCAACUCGGAGGCUGCCCAACCCGGCCGUAUCCUCGGCAUGGCUGCCAGGGUUGCUUCGAUUCCUGUUGUGCAGCAGAUUCUUACCUCGCCCAACCUCAAGUCGCCCAACCUCCCGGUGGCCCCAGACACCACCGCCACAGCGCUGCACGUAGCGAGUGAGGUCGGUCGUCCAGAAGUCGACUCCCGAUCGGCCCUUCAGGCCAGAUUCCAGUCCCUUCUCGCCAGCUACACUGCCAGCCCGUUGAACUCUGUGGAGGAAGGCUCGACGAUCGUCGCCUUUUUGGAGAACCCUCGCACAGCCAGCCUGAACCUCAACGUGCUCGACGCCAAGUCUGGAACCAGCUUGCUUCACGAGGCGGCUCACCGCCGUGACUUACGUCUAGUCGAACUCAUUGUCAAGCGCGGCGCCGACGUCUUCGUGCGUGACCGUCGCGGAAAGCGCGUUCUCGAGCACGACAAGAGCGGCGACGAGCGCAUCCGGGCUUACCUCAAGCAAUUUAGCAACCGAGACAGCAUCAUCCAGCCCAAGAGUGAUGGCCGCCCGCCUGACCUCCGCGGUUUCCUCAGCAAGUGGGUCAACUACCGUCAGGGCUGGAAGACGCGUUGGUUCGUGCUCGAGAACGGUGUACUCAGCUACUACCGCACACGUGAGGACGAGCAUGUCGCGUGCCGCGGCUCCAUUGCCCUUGCAAACGCCCAAGUUGUGCCCAAUGUGGACGGCACUCGCUUCGAAGUCAGCUCAUCUUCCCACACUCACUCUGGCCAAAAGUUCAUCAUGAAGUCCAACCUUCGCGGUGAGAUUGCUCGCUGGAUCCAGGCGCUCCGCCUCAACAUCGAGUACUACCAGAAGGGUGGCAAGGGUUCGCAGGGGCCGGCGGGUCAGGUGGACCGCUCGGACGCGCGCUCUGUGCGCACUUAUGCCCCGAGCAUCGCCGCGACCUCGACCACUGAACGUGCACUUGGAUCGACCUUGAACGAACUCCCGCCAUCAGAUGGGUUCCUGCACCCCGGCCUUCAGCGCUCAAACACGGGCCUGAGCGGCAGGAGUGGCGUUAGCAUCAACGUUCAGUCAUCACCCCAGCCCCCUCGCGCCGGUCGUACGCUGUCCAAGGGUUCGCACAAGCGCAACCUUUCGCCAGCCAGCAAAGCCGGGACCCUUAGCGAGGAUGCUCUGGACAACUCGGACCAGGACAGUAUCGAGACGAGCCUUGGCGAUCAAAUCCCACACGAGGAGCAGUACGAGCUUGGCAUUCACAACCUCAAGGCUCAAUUGGAGCUCACCGAGCAACUCGUCGGAUCGAUUGUGACCCCUCCUUCAUCCUCGGACCCCAACCGUCUGAACCCCGCCUACUCGCGUCAGCACCAGGUGAAGGAGGCUCUUCGGGACUCCCUGGCGACCCUGUCCCAGCUCUUCGCCAAGCAGAGCGUCAUGGCGCAAGAGCGUGAGAAGUUCUACCUGCAGCGCAUCAGGCGGGAAGUGGAGGCGAGAAAGCUCUGGGAGGAGAAUCUCCUCGCCGUGGCUCAGCAGCAGGCAGAGACCGAUAAGCUUCUCAACGAGGCCGCGCAGGACAAUGCCAAGAAGCGUCAGGCCCUCCGCCAGGCACGCGGCGUACUGGCCGAGCUCAGCACUGCCGCCAGCGUGCCGACGUCACCAGCAAAUGCCGCCCAGCCUCUUGCACCGGAGUCUCCCAUUGCUGCCACCUCGGCAGGGGCCGGUUCUGACUAUGGUCCUUCCACCUCGCCCACCAGAAGCCGCCGUCGGUCGUCCUUUGUCGCGUCCGAGUCACUGCGUCGUUCGAUCAACGGCCUCCCCGCAUCCAGCCUUCGUGGCUCCGUUGCCAACAUCCACGAGGCAGCGUCGCUCAUGGCGGCGGUGGACGACUCUGACCAGGAAGACGACGACGAGUUCUUUGACGCUAUCGAAACGGGCACUAUUCCCAACCUUCGCGUCUAUGAUUCCAUUGACAACGCCGAGCGUCCUGCCACCCCAUCAAAGCCCUUUGAGAAGAAGGAUGAGGAGCCUCCUGCCUACAAGGACGGCACCAUUGUCAAGUUCCUCGCUCGUCCCAGUCUGGAACCUUAUAACCACGUCCGGAACAGGCUGCCUAUUGAUGAUGACAAGCGCCCGUCUGUCAGCCUGUGGAGCAUUCUCAAGUCCUCCAUCGGCAAGGAUCUCACCAAGAUCUCGUUCCCUGUAAGCUUCAACGAGUGCACCUCGAUGCUGCAGCGAAUGGCCGAGGACAUGGAGUACGAUGCGUGUCUCACUGUCGCUGCCGGCGAGGAAGACUCUCUGAAGCGUCUUGCCUUUGUUGCCGCCUUCGCCAUGUCCAACUACUCGUCCACCAUUGGCCGUAUUGCCAAGCCAUUCAACCCAAUGCUCAGCCAGUCGUUCGAGUACGCCAUCCCCAACCGCUACCGAUACGUUUCGGAGCAGGUUUCGCACCACCCUCCCAUCUCGGCCUGCUACAGUGAGGCUCCGACGUGGAAUUACUACGGCGAGGUGGACGCCAAGAACAAAUUCCAGGGCCGUUACUUUGAGAUCAGACCAACAGGUGUGGCUCAUGCUGAGCUCAUCAUCCCUGAGAGCUGGGUGAAGAGCGGUCGCAGCUACCCCAAGGCGGGGCCCGAGUACCCGGCCGGCAGAGUUGUCGAGCACUACUCCUGGAAGAAGGUCACGACCAAUGUGUCCAACUUCAUCAUGGGCAACCCCAUCAUUGACCACUACGGCGACCUGGUUGUCACCAACCACCGCACGGGCGAGACGUCGACCCUGACGUUCAAGCCUCGCGGAUGGCGCGGUGGCAAUGCCUUUGAAAUCAAGGGCAAUGUCAAGGACUCGGGUGGAAACAUCGUUUGGGACAUUGCUGGCCGCUGGGACACGCAGCUCAUUGCCCGCCGUGCUGGGGCUGGCGAGGCGCCGCUCGAUGUCAACGAGCAGGUUGAGGACACGGACGAGUACAUCCAGCUGUGGCGCAACACGACCAAGCCUCCUGCGCCGUUCAACCUUACGCCCUACGCUCUUACUCUGAACGACAUUCCCAAGGGCCUCGAGGAGUACCUUGCGCCUACAGACUGUCGUCUGCGUACUGACCAGCGUGCCUUUGAGAAUGCCGAGUAUGACAAGGCCCAAAUGCUCAAGUCGGCGAAUGAGGAGAAGCAGCGUGAGACGCGCCGUCUGCGUGCCGAGGGCAUCAUGCCACCCCAUGAGCCUCGGUGGUUCACUUCCGAGACGGACAAGGACUCUGGCGAGCGCGUCUGGGUUCCCAAGCGAUCGGAGGACGGCGAGGUCAAGUUCUGGCACGAGCGUGAAGAGCAGGGCCCUAAGCCGCAGGGUGAGAAGUGGCCCGAGGUGGACCACAUCUUUGUCGAGGAUAAGGAUGCCGCCAUCCGCGAGAUCAACAGGAUCAACCAGCGCGAGCUGGAGCUGGGCGUCCAGGGAUCCUGGCACGACGAGUACAAGGACUCGGCGUACAUCUUCGUUGGCGGGCUGAGCUUUGAGAUGACCGAGGGCGACGUGAUCACCGUCUUCUCGCAGUGGGGGGAGAUCGCGAAUAUCGACCUGCCACGGGACAAGGAGACGGGCAAGCCGCGCGGGUUCGCGUUCCUCAUGUACCUCGACCAGCGGUCGACCGUGCUGGCGGUGGACAACAUGAACGGGGCGGAGAUUCUGGGCCGGACGCUGAGGGUCGACCACGUCAAGGACUACAAGCAGAAGGGCAGCCGGAACGAGGACGGCGACUACGUCGAGCCCGAGAAGGCCGAGUACAAUGCGCUGCCGCCAGUCAUUGAUGACGGUGACGACAACGAUGACGACGACGCCGACGGCGCCAAGUCGGAGGCCGACAGCCUCGACGAGGAAGACCCGAUGGCUGCGUUCCUCCGCGCCGAGAAGAAGGGCAUCAAGCGCAAGGGCGAGAAGGAGACCGAGAAGGAGGCCAAGCGCGCGCGCAAGGCGGAGCGGGAGCGUAUUCGCGCCGAGCGGGCAGAGAAGAAGCGUACCGCCGGGGGACGGGAUCACAAGGGGGAGCGGAGCGAGCGGCGUGACGAGCGCGACCGCGAGGGCAGGCGCGCCCGCGAGGACAGGGACGAGCGCAAGCCGUCGUCGGGUCGUGACGAGCAGCGCAGGCCAGACCGCAGCGCGUCGCCCGUGAAGAGGAGGGACGAGGGGCACGGCCGCCGCCGUGAGGAGAGCGACCGCGAUCGCCGUCGGGACGACUACGACUCGCGUGACCGGCGCCGGGACGACGACCGCGAGCUCGACCGCCGCCCGCGCGACGACCCGCGUAAUGGCGACGACAGGCGGCGCGAUGACCGGCCCCGGGGUGGACGAGACGGUCGCGACGACCGCGAUGACCGCGACGACCGCCGGCGGAACGGCGGCUCCGACCACCACCGACGAGACGACCGCGAUCGCGAUCGCGACCCACGCGACCGCCGUGAUGACCGCGACCGGCACGACCGCGACAGGCGAUAG